GAAUCCAUUAUAACAAAAAAAAAAUGCCAAUAAUGCUAUCAAAGAAAAUAUAAUCUCGGAAUAGUCGGAAUGCUAUCUCCAUCGCGUGAAGUUUGCGGUUUUUAACUUAAUCUUUUUAUCUGCAGUUGACCACUAAAUACGAAAUGGCAGACGCCGUGGUUGAAAGUGCGCCAGGCGAAGACAAUGAUGAUAGCUGGUUAUAUGGGGACGGUCCAGGGGAGUUACGAGAGGGCACUCCUCCCCCUCUCAAUGAGAAGGUUCCGGCGGAGACUGGUCGCAACCCAGAUUUGCCUGACGAAGACAAAGAAAAAGAAAAAGAGGAUAAUGAAAAUGAACCAGAUGAAAAUGAUGACUCUCAUUUCAAUGAUGAACAUUUUGCUGAUGUGGGACGAGAAGAUCAAGACAAGACUAAUGGAGAUGCUGCUAGUCCAGACCAUGCUGACUCCGACUCUGAUGACAGUGAUGAUGUUAAAGUCACCAUUGGAGAUAUUAAGUCAGGACCACAAGCUUAUGCAAGCUUGAACAUAAAACGUGGUGUGGGUUUGGUGGCGGCCGGGGCGGAGAAGGCGCGCGGCCCGACGCCGGGCAAGGUGACGCUCGAGGACCUGGAGGGGCCCGGCAGCAUCAACGGCGUCCCCGCGCUCGAGUUCAACAUCGACACCAUCGAGGACAAGCCCUGGAACAAGCCGGGAGCCGACAUCUCAGAUUACUUCAACUACGGGUUCAACGAGAUGACGUGGAGCGCGUACUGUGAGCGGCAGCGGCGCAUGCGCGUCAACGAGGCGGGCGUGUCGCUGCUGCAGGGGGCGCCGCCGCGCGCGCCGCUGCCCGACGUGCACCGCGCCCGCCUGCCAGGCCCGCCGAGAAACGAUGAAAGUAUGCAGCCGCCAAUGAGCGGCAACUACCAAGUGCGGGAAAAUACAAUACAGGUGAUGACGGCGGAGCGGCGCGAGUACGGGCGCGCGCACCGCGACGCGCCGCCGCCGGACUACUUCGUGCCGCCGCCCGACCACUACUUCGCGCCGCCGCACGCUCACCAGCCCUACGAUGAACCCUGGGGCCACCCGGAGCAGAGCGGGUGGGCGCCCAGUGACAUAAAGGAGCUGACACCGGGUCCGAUGGGUCCGCCGGCCAUGGGCCCGCCGCCCGGCAUGGGCCCGCCGGGCGUGGGCGCGCCUCUGCCGCACCUCAUGACCGCGCCGUACGUGUCGCCGUACCGCCAGCAACCGCCCACCCACCAGCUGGAGCGCGCACGCGACCGCGACCGCGACCGGGACCGCGAGCGCGACGAUCGCGACCGUCGAGACCGCGACAGGCGAGAAGAUGAGGAUAGGGAACGGGAUCGUGAACGGUCACGUUCUAUUAAACCGGACAGGAUACGAGACAAAUCGUAUAGAGGCGAACGGUCACGGUCACGAUCCCGACGGCACAAGUCUCGGUCCCGCUCGCCACGGCUGCGGGAGCGAUCGCGCGAACGCGAGCUUGAGCGCUCACGCGACCGUGAACGGGAACGGGAUCGGUCGAGGGACAGAGACAGGUCCCGGGACAGAGAAAGAAGUCUCAAGCCUAAAUCGAAAGAAUCCAAGGAUAAAGAAGAAGAUAAAUAAAUUAAUGUAAUGUUAAAAUAUUUUCUCCUACUUCGAUUUACUAGUACCAGGUAAUUAACAGAGAACCAAUCAUAUGGAGAUUUCUUUCACUAACGCGUGAAGUCA